AUGUCACGGCCAUAUCCGAUAGAGCCAAAUGCAAGUAACUUUGAUUAUGAUCCAGGUCAAGCAAGUAAUCCGCAAGAAGUAACACCACUUGGUACUUCAAAUUAUAUACAAACACAAAUAGAAAUCUAUGGCGAUGAACUGAUACAAUGUACUUGUCCUUACUGUAAAAGAUUAAUUAUUACACGAGUUGAAAGGAAAACAGGUUUCACAGUAUGGUUAGUUUGUGGUACAAUUAUACUUCUUGGUGGAUGUUUUGGCUGUUGUCUCAUUCCAUUUUGUAUUAAAAGUCUUAAAGAUAAAACGCAUUAUUGUUCUAGUUGUGGAGCACGUCUUUGUGAAUCUAAAUUAUUAUAA